CAUUCCGACAUUGAACGUCAAAGCAUCAACAACGUCAUACCAACCGAGCAACAAUGGAGCACCACAACCAGAAAUUGAACGCUGACAGUUAUCUGCAUAAGAAGUUCACCUCGCAGAAACGCAAGCGUGAUGUGGAUUUGAUUCUGGAGCAGAACAAGGAAAAUAUUACGCAAGAUGCACCUGCCUGCAAAAGACGCCAGUUAAAUGGCUUUUUCCGACCUUGGCUGGACAACGAGCAGAAUAUUGAAACCAGCAACCAGAAGACCAGCCCUACACCAAUCCCACCUGUGAGCAGCACAUAUCACGCCAACAUGGUUCGACGCAACCAGACACCACGCCAGCGCAGUCCACGGGAGCAGCAGCGUCGCGAUCGCAACACAUUGGCAUGUCUUCUGAGCCGACGAGCCAGACAGGCACAGGACGCCCGCAUGGCGAUGCAGUAUGAGCAAUACCGUGCCCAGCAAGCGGCCAUCUUGGAGCAACAGGUCCGCUUCAGUCUCUACUAUCGUCAUCUGUUGCAGCAGGCGAUUUUCCAGCCAGCUUUCAACGCCUCUGGCAUUGAGCUACCCCCACAGCAGCAAGAAUUUCUACAGCAAAUGGCGUUGUCACAGCAAUUGAUGAUCUUUGGUACCCAUCAAUGA